AGACCAAUCACAUUGCACAAAAAGUUCUCUCUUUUCUCACCAAAUGCUUAACAAUGGUAGCGUAGCGAUCCCCCCAAGCGAGCGCUAGGGGGUGGUGUUCAUGACCCCUUAGCGAGCCUAACGAGCAUUGGUAAUACCUCCACUCCGUUUAGCGUAGAGAUGGCAGGGAAAACAUUUGAACCUGCUUGAAAAAUAUCGGAUUCCUUUAUCGCUUCAGGAACAUGGGAUUCAGAUCCUUGAGUGUAAAUCUCCUCAAAAGAUUUCACAAUUCAUCGGCACGAUCCAUUCCUCCAUCAUUUGCCCAUAAAAAACUGGUGUACCCUUUGAUUCCUCGGUUGUACGAUCGAUCUUCCCCCUACCCUGAAAAUCAUAGCUUAAAGAUCUCUAAGAGGUGGCAUGUCGGUCAUUCUCAUCACCACCACGAGCAAACCAGUCAAGAAGGCGAGAGGAUUUUCAGGCUCGGACUACUCUCCGAUAUUGGGUUAACUGCCGGCAAAGUAUUGACGGGUUAUUUGUCCGGUAGCACCGCCAUCAUCGCCGAUGCUGCUCAUUCUCUCUCCGAUGUGGUGCUUAGUGGUGUUGCUUUGGUAUCAUUUAGAGCUUCAAGGGUUCCCAAGGACAAAGAACACCCAUAUGGGCAUGGUAAGUUUGAGACUUUAGGCGCACUUGGAAUUUCUGGCGUGCUUUUGGUAACGGCUGGGGGUAUUGCAUGGCAUGCUUUGGAUGUUUUAGUGGGGGUACUGUACUCAGCAGCUUCUGAUCAACAUAUUGCAGGUGGGGGGCAUGGGCAUGGGCAUGGGAUUGACAUGAAUCAUCCUGUGCUAGCUUUGAAUACUACUAUUGUUGCAAUUGCUGUUAAAGAAGGGUUGUAUUGGAUAACAAAGAGGGCAGGAGAGAGGUCUGGCAGUGGAUUGAUGAAAGCAAAUGCAUGGCAUCAUCGUGCAGAUGCUGUUUCAUCACUUGUUGCUCUUAUAGGGGUUGGUGGAUCUAUUCUUGGGGUGAGGUUUCUUGAUCCCCUUGCUGGGCUUGUUGUCUCUGGCAUGAUACUAAAGGCUGGACUCCAAACUGGUUACCAGAGUAUUUUGGAGCUGGUGGAUGCUGCAAUACCAUCUCAUCAUUUGGACCCAAUCAGAAAGACAGUGUUACAAGUCAAAGGAGUGGAGGGAUGCAGACACAUUAGGGGAAGGAGAGCUGGUUCAUAUCUGUAUCUUGAUGUAAAGAUCCAGGUUGAUCCCUUGUGUAGUGUGAGAACAGCACAUGAAAUUGGUGAAACUGUUCGUUACCAGAUUCAGAAUUGUCAUCCUCAAGUCUCUGAAGUCUUCAUACACUUGGAGCCUAACAAUAAACUUUUUCAACCUUCUACUACUCAUGUUCAUGUCCAGCAACAACAAGAAAAUAGGAUUGAAGAAAUGAUUACUAAUAUGCUCACUUCCAACUUCUCUCAGAAAAUGGUUGUGAAGCACGUAAAAAAACAGAAAUUGCAAGCCAAGAUUUUGGUCCAAAUCGAGGUUUCCAUGCCACAAGAUAACACUAUUAGUGAUGCAAUCAAAGUGGCAGAAGAAGCCAAGCGCCAUAUCUUGCAGUUGCAGGACACCUCCGACUCUAACCCUAACCCUAACCCUACCCCUACCCCUACCCCUACCCAGGUUCAGGUUACCUUCAUCUUGCAACUUGCCUAAUGAGUCCCCAUGAAAUGAAUCGUCAAUAAAGAACCAAAUUUAGUUUCAAUUUGUAACCAAUGCCAGAUCAGUUCAAUGAAAAAAAGAGUCCAUAAAUUCCUAUACACAACAGAAUUACAAAACUGUUUGAUUAAAAUAUGUACUUUUAUUGUAAAUUUUUUUACACAAGCAAAACAAAUCACGAU